AUGGCUACGGAAGAGUCUGUAUUCGAAGGAGCACCAUUCAAAUGUCGACUGAGUUUUUAUGGGCGUGGUCAAAACGCAACUCCAACUGCACCAACAUUGGUUACGAAUAAAACAAAUCUUCGUAAGGGAGACAUUGUUGUCAUUAGCUUAGAUAAAGACGAAACUCAGCAAAUUGUCAUGCAAGUCGAUGAUGAACGUCCAGGACCAUCACCAGAUCCAGAAAUUCUCGUUGACGAAUCAAUCAAACGAAUAUUUUCUGUCAAUAGUUAUAUGAGAAAUUUUCACACAGUUCAAAAGGUUCUUAAAAAAGAGAAAUUCGCACUGUAUCUAGUCGAAUUACAAGUCAAAGAGCAGUAUUUAAGCCGCGGCGAUAUGUGGCGGUUUACUCGGAAAUUGUUGAACACAACUGUCUAUUACAAAAAACCGUUAGAAAUGUACAGCAUGCGAUGUACGGCAACGGUUUACGGCUUAUGGGUGGAUGCUGCACCCUACCGUGUAUCAUCUGGGUAUAUUACAAAGGAUACAAAAAUUGUUUUUCGCUCGUUGAGUGCUUGUUGUACCAUCUUUCUUCAAAUGUCCAAAGAGAUGUGGGAUUUCGAUCACCACGGUGACACGUACUAUGAGAAAGCUGUCGAUGGAUUUCUCUUUGAUUUAUUUACUCGAUGGAAAUCAAUGAGUUGCCAACAUGAUGUAACAAUGACAUUAUUCUCACGUGUGUUCUACGAUGCCAAAUCUUUAGAAGAGUUCCCUGUAAGUUUACGUCAAAAUAUCAAUACAGACCAUCGAGGAAGAUUUUACGAAGAUUUUUAUCGUGUAAUCUACCAAAACGAACGCUAUGACGAUUGGUUACCUCGUUUAGCUAAAAUAAAACAAGUCCUUGUGAACUAUAAAGAAGAUCUACUUACUUAUCAUAAAAAGAAAUUGCCAAAAUCUGAAGCAGAAAAGAUGCCUAAUGGAACGGUCUCAUGUGCCGCGGACGGAAAUUUCCUUGAAACAUUAAAUUUAUCAUCUAGUGUAUUCGAGCGUCAUUUCAUCGAUCGCCCGUUCGAUCGUCUUGGACAAAUGUCUUUAAUAAUCACACCUGGUGCAGGUGUCUUCGAAGUCGAACGUGAAUUAGCUAAUAUGACUAAACAGCGUGUGCUAGAUAAUGGAAUUGGUAGCGAUUUGGUGUGCUUAGGCGAACAACCGUUAUUUGCGGUGCCACUUUUUAAAUUCUAUAAAGAAAAUCCUAAUGCAGCCGAUGAUUAUCAAAUACCACAUUGGAUGAACUUAAGUUAUUAUCAUUCGGCAACAACACCUUCGUGUUUUCAACGUUAUGUACCACGUUUACCAUUUCCGACUAGCCGAAUUAAAAGCGGAAUGCUGGAGGUAAAAAAUGUAAUGAACUCAAUUGCAGAAGAACCUUUCAUGAAACCAUUACAUGUUACCAUGGAAGAAUAUGAUGCUCAAGUAUUUCGUUCUCAAUCGAAGUCAUUAUCAAAGGACAACCAUGUAGAAAAAUCAAUGAAAAACGAAUCACGCUUGCCACGACGACGACACAUUACAGAAGGUCCUCGAUAUCCAGCAUCGAUCGAAGAGGAAGACGACUGCGUACAAGAUCAAAACGGGCUAGUCAUCGUUAAUAGCAAAAAUCAUUCAAUGUCUGUCGUUCACGAUGAUUUACGUCAUUUCAAUGCAAAUGUCAAAGAUGACAUGAUACUUUCAACAUCACACGCAGGCGCCCCAUCGAGUAUUAUCAAUAAUAUUCCAUUUUAUCAAACAUUCAAUCAAACCUCACAAGUCUUAUUUUCAAAUCCACAUAGCUUUUCUCGCGCAGCACAAAGUGCUGAUACAUACUUUUUAGUAUCGAAUCUUUUCGCGCGCUUACAAGCACGACCUAAAGCCUUGACGAAUCCGUUUGCGCCAGCUAGUAUACGAAUACCGAUGGUGCCUGGUCGACGGCGAUGGGCUCACACAUUUCCAAUGGGUCCAAAUAAAUUACCAUGGCAUUUUCAUCAUAUGCGUCAAACCGAAGGCGUUACGAAGCAAGAACUUACAGUCGGAAUAUCUACCUGUGCACAUCUGGUACUUCCUGGUACAUCUAAAAGAAUUAUCAAUGGACUUGUAUCGAAGCGCACACGUCAUUAUGGAAAACUGAAUACUGACUUUUCUUCUCGACAUAAACGUAUCCUCAGUCCAUCUAACUACGAACUGAAACGACAAGCAUCUGAACGUAAAGACAGCGUCUCCGAUGAUAUUCGACUCAGUUUUAGUAGUACUACUGGCGGUCAAAAGAAACAUAACGCUGAUGGAUCAGCUAAAUCAUCUAUAUCCAAAAAAAAGAAAGAAGCCAUUAUUUGGGGACCUACUGGAGUUGAACCGUGGAGUGCAUCGAUGAUUACAGGUAUUGAUUGGAAAUCGUUGACAAUUCCAGCAUCGCUCCCAACAACAUUUGAUGUUGUACCAUGCGCUGAGGAACUAAACCGUGAUUAUAUACAUAAUUCAUAUGUCCUGAUUCAUGCUCUACCGCCUUACCACGAAUAUGAGCGUAAGAAAAAACAUCUAUCCAAUGGCAAUAAUAACUGUAAAAAGGAAAUCGAUGAUCAUAUGGAACGACAGAGAAUCACAUUCGAUGAACUGAUUGAUCAACGAUUGUCUCAAGGUUUUCAAAUGAUCGUAGAAAUUCCAGGACAUGUUAAGCAGAAAAUGAUUGACACAAUUCGACGUGCUGGCUAUACUGAAACCGAAUACAAUCGCUUAUUGAGUAUUGGUCGAAUCUAUCAUACGCUAAGCCUAGUCAUAGAAGACAAUCAAUCCCAAGACACCGUAGUUAUCUACGUUCAACAACAUAAACCUCAACAUCUAUUUCAACCUAAAUCUGUCGAUUAUAAAUAUCGCUUUCAAUGUCCCGAUUCGUCUGAUUAUGAUCUGGCUCAGUAUGAAUUACAACUAGAUAGUUUAGAGAGCUUUCCAUGGAAUUCAGUUGAUAAUAUUGUUGGAAAUCAUGGUACUGGUGAUCAUAAACUCUCGGGAUUAGUAAAAUAUUGGCACACCCGGUUAGUUAUUAUGCCUGUCUCUCGCGAUUAUACAAUCAAGAAUAUUGAAUCUGGCCAAACCAAAUGUGAUAGUCGGGAAGAAAUGUCGCAUGAAGAUUUUUUCCUUUAUGUCGAACAUUUCGUUCGAUUUUUAUUCAUGUUGAACAAACUCAACCGUCUACCGAUUGGUACAACUGAGUCUAUCCAUCGUCCACUCGAUCCAGUUACAGGUAAAAAACGUACGGAUACACCUCGACGACAGGCAAAAACUACAGUAUCCAUGCAAACAUUCCAAUUGGGAAAUAUUAUGAACGGUGAUGUUGACGAAAUAAAUGCUCUCUUGGCUUUAUUUCGAACUGAACAUCAAGGCUUACUAUUUGUUAAAGAUUCUGUUCUACCAGAGUUUACAUUCAUUGCUAUUGAAGCAAUCUGGUGGUCGAUUGAGCGUUGUGUAGAUAUACAAACUGAACAAGCAGCAUUAGAUCUUUUUCAAUAUUUAUUCAGCAAAGGAUAUAUCCGACAUUGUACAAACACCGAGACGACCUUUCGCUUUGGAUUCUUCCUCUAUUACAUCGUUACAGAAAAGACGGCCAAUUUCCGUCUUGACGCGAAUGAUUACGCUGAAGUGGAAUUUCAUCAAACUCAGUCAUACAUUCCCUCGAUGGAUUAUUUAGGCUUUGCUGAAUGUAAACCAAUGCGGCAAUUGCCAAAACUGAUCGAAAAUCCUCAAUCGAAACCUCGACCCACACGACUGGCAAGUACUGGAAUUACUUCUCCACCUCUACAGAACCCACCUCCGCAAGAUCCACAAACGCCGUCGAUUGUUCUCAAACGUGAUUGUAAUGUCGAUGUCGAUCCUAAACAUAUAUCAGACAGACAUGAAUGGGCAACAGCACAUUACCAUUCAUUCUAUAAUCCACAUUGUCUAUUUGAAUUGGAAAUUCGAUGGCUAGUUGCCACUUCAUGUAUACUCGGUGAUUUGAUCAUGCAAUGGUCACAACGAACGGGCACAAUACUUGGUUCGAAUCAAGUAGCUUUCCAUUUAGUGCCAAUUCCAUGUGAUCCAUUUGCAGAAUUCGAUGCACUUAGAGGUCCGAUUUAUAUUAAAAUCGAUUCAUCAUGUCUUGUUGAUAAACUUGCUGAUCUUCCAAAAGAAAAACAAAUCCUUCGAAUAAAUAUCUUCCAAGAAUUGAUAUUAAAACGCUAUGGUUUUAUUCUGAAUGCUUGUGUUAGUUACAAAGAAGAAAACAUCUACUAUGUUCACAUUAGUGGUGGGAUGUUAGUUUACAUUAUAUCUGAUGUUUACAAUGUUCAUUUCAACAACCGACCGUCACGUAUUGCAUCGAUUGGAUCAUCGAAUGGCAAUGGUCAAUUAUCACCACUUGACUGUGGAUUUUAUUGGUGUUGGAACUUUUGUCUUGGCAAAAAAUGGCGAAGCACGCAGACAGGAGAGGAGAAGUAUCAAGAUAUCAUGUUAGCGGACUUUCGUGCAUUUUGUGCUAACGACAAGAAUCGUUUAGUAAACUUUUGGAACGAAUCAAGUAAUCUAGCAAAUCAAAAAUUGGCUGAAAAACAACAAAAUUCUGAUGUAGAUAACUAA